UUUAGAGCAGAUUUACAUGAGCUAUUCAGUCUACAGUUGUAGCCUAAAGGAACUUGUCACUCAGGAUUGGCUUUACUGGCAAAUUCUUCGCCACCUACCUUAUUUUCUUCUGUACAGCGUCCAACAGGAGACUGCAAGUGUGACACUAAUAUGAGGAAACCUUUACAUGCCCCAGACCCUGGAGAACAUCAGGAGCCAGUCGGUUGUUGUGUUUAGAGGACUAUGCUCUCCUCGACACCGUAAGGCAAGUGCUCGUGCUAAACCAGCCAGAGCAGCCUCACAGCCAGCCUGAGCCUCAGCCUCCACCUAUGCAACAGCGAUGGAAUUGAUGCUCCCAGGUGCUGACAUGGGGCCCCAGAAGGACUCCUUCCCCCUGAGCAGAAGGCAUCACUACCUCCACGUCCGGAGAAAACUGAGGCCCAUAAGGAUUCUAGCUUUCGUCCUCAGCAUUGUGACUCUCAGCACAGUCUUCUCAUUGGGUGCCUUCCAGUGGACUACUUCUUCUACUGGGCUCGCUGGAAAUGGAGGGGAUCUACUUUCCUCCUCCCCCGCUGCUAUGUCCGGGGGAGACCUACUGCAGUCGGCCCCCCGCAGAACACUGCUCACCACCAAGCACCAGGGAGGCCACAACGUCUCCGGGAUGGAGGACAUGCCCGUGGCCAUGAAGUCUUCCAUGGAUGAGAUGAACCAGGGGGACUACCCCACGGAUCUCUUCAACCUGGAGGAGAGAAGGCAGGGGGCUGUGGGUCUGCACAUGUUUGGGAUGUUGUACAUGUUCAUCGCCUUAGCCAUUGUGUGCGACGAGUUCUUUGUCCCGGCCCUAACUGUGAUCACAGAGAAACUUCAAAUCUCGGACGACGUUGCCGGGGCAACCUUCAUGGCGGCCGGGGGUUCUGCCCCGGAGCUUUUCACUUCCGUCAUCGGGGUGUUCAUCUCCCACAGCAACGUGGGCAUAGGAACCAUUGUGGGUUCGGCCGUGUUCAACAUCCUGUUUGUCAUCGGGAUGUGCGCGUUGUUCUCCAAGGAGGUUCUCCAGCUGACCUGGUGGCCCCUCUUUAGAGACGUCUCCUUCUACAUCAUUGGUCUGUUGAUGCUCAUCCUGUUUUUUUUGGAUAACCAGAUCUUUCUGUGGGAAAGUAUCGCCUUGCUGAUGUGCUACUUGAGCUAUGUGACAUUUAUGAAGUUCAACGCAAAUGUAGAGACCUUCAUAAAGAGUAAAUUGGGCCAGAAUCAAGUGGAUGAGGUGGAGGCCGCUCCUAAGGCAACCACGGGUGACGACGAAAACAAGUUGACGGCCAAGCCCCGUCUCCAGAGAGGAGGCUCAUCAGCCUCCCUCCACAACACCCUGAUGAGGAAUAGCAUCUUCCAGCUCAUGAUCCACACCCUGGACCCCCUCAGUGAGGGUGAGGGACUGGGGGGGCGAUUCAAAGAGAAGGCCUCCAUUCUCCACAAGAUGGCCAAACAGAAAUGUCAAGAUGGUGGGGACGGGGAAAAACCCAACGGUGUCGCAGACAAAAACAUCCCCAACAGUUCCAACGUCACAGUGGAAGUCACUUCGCCUGCAAACGGCGACGUAGGACCGGCGGAGGAGGAGGAAGAUGAGGAUGCUCCUCUGAGUUUGGAGUGGCCGGAGACGAACCGCAAACGAAUAACGUAUCUCCUUAUCCUCCCCAUCGUCUUCCCCCUGUGGCUCUCUCUGCCGGAUGUCAGGAGAGAGACUUCCACAAAAUUCUUCCCCAUAACUUUCAUUGGUUCCAUCUGUUGGAUUGCUGCCUUCUCCUACCUCAUGGUGUGGUGGGCUCAUCAGGUUGGAGAGACCUUCUGGAUUACAGAGGAGAUCAUGGGAUUGACCAUAUUAGCAGCUGGUACAUCAAUCCCUGAUCUAAUCACCAGUGUCAUUGUAGCCCGGAAAGGCCUUGGUGACAUGGCUGUGUCCAGCUCUGUGGGCUCCAACAUAUUUGACAUCACCGUGGGCCUGCCGUUCCCGUGGCUCAUCUACGGCCUGGUCAAUGACUUCAAGGCGGUGCAGGUGAGCAGCAACGGCCUGUUCUGCGCCAUCGUGCUCCUCUUCCUCAUGUUGCUCUUCGUCAUCAUCUCCAUCGCCUCCUGCAAGUGGAAGAUGAGCAAGGUGCUGGGAGGCCUCAUGUUUUUACUGUACAUCUUCUUCCUGGUAACCAGCGUCAUGCUGGAAGACAAGAUCAUCGUGUGUCCCAUCUCCAUCUGAAGGCCCCUCUUCAACCCCAACCUCCUGGAAACACAAACACACCUUCUCUCUCACACACACACAUACAUACAGUACACACAAUCAUUUGAUCCUCCCGUUGUCAAUGGGGGCUUCCAUUGGGAGGAGCAGUAGAAAACUAGCCUGACUUGAUUGAUUGAUUCCAAAUGCCCGAGCACAACCUGCAAAUGAUCAUUUGUGAACUUUGAGCAGGGCAGACGGACCUGUCGAUGAGGGAUUGAUUCACGAUGCUACUGCCCAAUGGGAUGGGUUUCUCCCCACGUCACAUGACCACAUCCGAGAGCUUCCAUUGGUUUAAAUCUGUCGUUGACUGACAAACAGGCGAUUGUAAUCACGCCCAUGUCGGAGAGUAGGGGACCACGUCUGGUUACUCCAAUCCAGAGGACUAUGUGAUAUGAUUAGAGAAUAGAUUUGAAUAUGCCAGGUAUCAACUGUCCAUCCGUCAAAAACUUUGAUGGCUGUAUGAAGUGGAGCUCUGGGAAAGGUCCUGCACGUCCUAACCAGAAAGUGGAACCUGGCAGAGAAAUGGAAGAGAGGUUCAACAGAUGCAAUAAAUAUCAAGGCAUGAGGAACAUGGUUGGAUCCACCAGCAGGUAGAUUAAAGAGCCGCGCCUCAGCUUUCACAGAGUUUACCGAACUCCAGUAAAUCGCGAUCAAUUUGCACAGGUCCUUGCUAUAAGAGUGUCUGAGGAUUUGCGUGGAUCAAGCGGAAGUGUUUUUCUUGAUUUUUGUAAAUUUAGUUUUCAGUUGUAUUUAUAUUACAAUUGCUUAAUUUGCAAAACCCAAAAGGUUUUUGUUCUCAAAUCAAAAUCUAGAAUGUGUACAGUUCUGAUUGGGCUUAUAACUGUUACAUGUUUGUAUGGACUUGAAAAGUUUGGAAAGGUAAAAGUGUAAAUGAAGAGAAAAUGGUAGUAAUAUGACGAGGGUGGUUUUGUUUGGGACGAUUUUGUGAAGUAAAUAUAAUGUAGUAUUUCUAAUGUAUCUUCUGUUUCUUAAACCCAACCCAUAUUUUCAAACUUGUUUGACAUAUAAUAUUAAGGUGAAUCCAGUUGAGCAAAUCUAUUGUACCUAAUGCUACAACAAUUUUAUGGUUGAAAAUGUAACAAUACAA